GCAGCAACAGCAGCAACAGCAGCAAUAAUAAUGAUAAUAAUAAACAAGAUUGCAAAUAUCAUUGUAUGAAGACCACUCGGGAUAGUAAUCAGCAGACACACCACCAUCAUAAUCAUCAGCAUCCCGAACCUAGUUCCUUGCAUCCCGGACUUUUCUCUUGGAGCACUACUGGUAGUAUCCGAAAUUGGGAAUCAUCGUCUUCUUCGCCUUAUCCUCCUCCGUCCACGUCCAAGUCCACGUCCACACUGUCAUCUGUUAGUUCUAUCGGACAGUCUUCUUUGGGUUCUCCUCUUUCCCUUCAACCCAUACAUCCCCUUCUUCCCCUUUCGUCUUACCCCACCACCAGUGGCCCAACAUCCAACCGUUGUUUUUUAAUAAUUCCACGCCGCCCGUUACCGAGACGUCCAAUGGCGUUUACCACCUACAGCACCGUCAACUCAGAUAUAUCAACACCUCGCUCAGCUUCCCCUUCCAUCUCCGUCGCCUCCGCGCGUUCUUCUCACACUUCCAUCUCCAGCAAACGCCUGUCCAUAUCUCUACAAAGGAGGCAGUCCGCGCUCAACCCAAUGUCCUCAGUCGACAUCACUGCAAUUGAAGAACAAAUGAAGAUGGCCGCCCUAGAUGGACUAAGAGGCUACGCACAGAACCACUAUGGCGAGGUGCAACAGUAUCGACCUACAGAGUACAUCCCCCAGUCCGCUGCCGGUGGCUACCAAGUGCUCAGGGAACCUCUGUGGAACAAAGGUCUCUCCUUCAGCCCCGAAGAUCGCGUGUCCAAGAACUUGACGGGCCUGAUACCGCACGCGAUGGAGAGCGUGGAGACGCAGGUGGCGCGGUGCAUGAAGAUGAUCAACUCGCGCCAGACGCCCAUCGACAAGUACCUGUACCUGUCGUCGCUGAAGAGCCAGAACCUGGACCUGUUCUACCGCGUGCUUAUCGACAACGUGCGGGACCUGAUGCCGCUCGUCUACACGCCCACCAUCGGCGACGUCUGCCUGCAGUACUCGACCCUCUACACCCACCCCGAGGCCCUGUACAUCUCCAUCAAGCAGCGCCGCUCCAUCAGGACCAUCCUGCGCAACUGGCCCUACCCCAACCCUGAGAUCUGCGUCGUCACGGACGGUUCCCGCAUUCUGGGCCUCGGUGAUCUCGGCGUCAACGGUGUGGGGAUCUCCAUCGGCAAGCUCGCGCUCUACACCGGCGCAGCGGGCAUCCACCCAGCCAAGACCCUGCCCAUCGUGCUGGACUGCGGCACCAACAACGAGACCAACCUGAAGGACCCCAUGUACCUGGGCCUGCGGGCGCGGCGCCCCUCGCCGGCCGUGGCCCAGGAGUUCAUGGACGAGUUCAUGGAGGCCGCCGCCGAGGUCUUCCCCGAGAUGCUCAUCCAGUUCGAGGACUUCGAGACCGAGAAGGCGUUCGCGUACUUGACGCGCUACCGCAACAAGUAUAAGUGCUUCAACGACGAUAUCCAGGGCACUGGGGCUGUUGUGUUGGGAGGUUACAUCGGCGCCGUAAACCUGUCCGGCGUCCCGCUCGAAGAGCAGCGCCUCGUCUUCAUGGGCGCCGGCUCCGCCGGCGUCGGCGUCGCCAAGCAAAUGGUAGAGUACUACACGCGGCGGGGUCUCUCGGAGCAAGCGGCCCGGGAGAAGUUCUGGCUCGUGGACACCAAGGGGCUCGUGACGCUCGACCGCGGCGACAAGCUCGCAGACCACAAGAAGUACUUCGCGCGCGCCGACAACAGCGGGCACCAGUUCCGCACGCUCGAGGAGGUGAUCGAGUACGUGCGCCCCUCGGCGCUCGUCGGCCUGACCGCCACCUUCGGCGUGUUCACCGAGUCCGUCGUGCGCGCGCUCAAGGCGUCCGUCGACUCCGGCGGCUCGGGCCGCCGCCCCAUCCUCUUCCCGCUGUCCAACCCGCUCACCAAGGCCGAGUGUACGUUCGAGCAGGCCGUGCAGUGGACCGACGGCACCGUCAUCUUCGCGUCCGGGUCCCCCUUCGCGCCCUUCGCCGUCAAGGCCGGCGGCGGCGAUCACGCCGUGACCUACUGGCCCAACCAGGGCAACAACGUGUACGUGUUCCCCGGGCUCGGGCUCGGCGCUAUCCUCGCCAAGGCGUCCAAGAUCACCGACGAGAUGGUGUAUAUCUCCGCCUCGUCGCUGAGCGAGUGCCUCAACGCCGAGGAGAUCCACAAGGGCUUGAUAUACCCGCGCAUCGAGCGCGUGCGCGACGCGAGUGUGGUUGUUGCUCGCGAGGUCAUGAAGGCCGCGCGGAGGGAGGGCGUCAGCACGUUGCCCGAGGAGCAGUGGGUUGAGUGGGAGGAGUGGGGCGAUGUUGCGCUUACGAAGUUCAUCAAGGACAAGAUUUACGAUCCCCUUAAGUAAAAGGGUGUUUGGGAGGGUAUGUGUGGCUGGGCUUGCUAUGUGAUACGUGUUGAGACAUGCAUAAGAUCAUGGUUGGCGUUAUUGGGACUGGGACCUUUUUUUUUUAUUCCCUUUUAUUUUUUUUAUUUUUUUACAACUCUUCCUUCCCCUUACCCAGAUGGUUUUUUUUUAACAAAAUGUUGGCAUAAUGAUCGGCCUUCACCCACCACAUCAUCCCAUCAUCCCUCGAAGGCAGGCAGGCAGAUAUGAAGAUAUCCCCGGGAACCCCCUUUCCCUUUUUUGGAUUUUUUUCAAGUAUCAUUAGAAGGAUAUCAAAGUCCGUUGGAAAGAACAAAGCUUUCUGUUGCAGUACGUCUGCAACCAAGAAGAAGAAAGAGGAAAGGAAGAAAGCUUGCUUUAUUCCCAAACUACGGAUGGCGGAGUG